ACUGACAUAAUCAAUAUUGUAUAUUUAAUUUUUAUACAUUAUACACUUUUUCAGGAGAAUAUGCCCGAUGCAAAGUCUGGACGGAACAGAAGCACCAAAGCGACUUCUACUGAUUUUAACAGAACUAAUAUAGAUACUGAAAACUCUAUAAUUUCGGAAACUGAAAGUGAAUGGAAAUGCCCUGGAUUAAGGCGAGAUGUUCAAACAAUUAUCGACAUUAUGGGUCCGCCAUUAUGUCCCACCUUCAACUACAACACAAGCAGCGAAGCUGAUAAUGAAGAAUCUGUUUUUUCAAAUUCAAAGAUAUCUUCGGAAAAAUGUAAAGGAAAGAGUUCUAAUGAGGAAGAUUCAAGUGAAAAAACGGAUACCACAUCCGAAGCUCCAUCUAAACUAGAGACCGAUACAAACAUCUCCACAGCUGCAGAUAUCAAUACUACAACACAAUCUGCAACGUUAGACGGAUUUGUUGAUUCUAAGAUGAGUUUUCCUUAUGUGGAAAACUUUUGUACCAUGACUCCGUAUGGUGCUGAAAUGUGCCCUCCACCACUAAUACCCGCUAAUGUUUGCAUCAAUUCAGAAUGUUUGUGUCCACAAGUUGCUAGUAUUCUGCAUGGAGACGGUGGUGGAUUGCCUGUUAAUUAUUCGAAUAAUAAUUUUAGGUUUGAGAAAAAAAUGCCUCAAGUAGGAGUUCAUUCUAGUAGUACUAAUUUAAAGUUAACUAACGAUUUAAAAGACGCCAAGUCAUCUGUAAUCAAUUGGUUUAAAUCAAAAGUUCAAAAUUCGAAAAUUUGGGAGGAUAGUUGCGCAAAUGGUAACACAAAUGAAUAUUAUAAAAUGAACGUAAAAAAGAAGAGAGGCUGUUAUAACAGUCCGCCAAGGAGGGUUGUGUUUGAAUUGGUCUCAUCUCCACAAAAGGAAAUGAAUGUUUGUAACAGUGAAGAAGUAUGUAUAGAAGAAUUACCAGCAGUAAAAGAAUCCAAGCACAAGAAAAAUUUAAAAAACGAAAGCUUGCAAAUAAAGAAUACGCAGCAAAAUAAUAUUUUACCUAUUAAAAAGCCAGUAUCUGACGAUCGAGUAACCAGAAAACCAGUAGAAAAAACUACGUAUUCAGAUGCGGCAGGUACUACCAGGGUUGAUGUAUAUUAUUUUGAUCAUGGAUCUUUUAAGCAUUAUGAAACAACAGACGCUCCUCCACAUGUGACUUCGGAUGGGUUAGCAGAAAAAACUGAAAAACACACAACACGAUUUUGGGCGGAAAUAUUCGGUGCAAUGCAUAUAGGAUUCUCUUUUGUUACUUCCUUCAUCUUACAAUUUUUUAGGUUUAUAUUAUAUAGUAUAGUCCGUCCCUUAACUAUAGGAUUUGUCCAACUAGCUUCAGAUUACUUCUUCAAGCCAUUCCUUGCAACUAUGUUUAAUGCAAUAUUACAGCCACUUCUUAUUUUUAUAUAUAAUAUAUUAUCAACUUUGCGAGAUAUUUGCGAUCCAAUAAGCGAAGGAUUGGGAUAUUUUAUAAGAGAAAUCGCCGUAUUAAUUAGGUCGUUUAGAAUUGUAGAAGUUUAUCAAGAAAAUUGUAAAUGUACUACUAGUAGUAAGGAAAAUAUAUGUGAAAAAAAAUCGAAAAAAAAUUCCAGAUGUAUAGGCUAAAAUUAUAAAUAUUUAUUAAAAAACUAUAUUAUAAGUAUAUGUAUACUAUAAGUUUAUAAUUUAUCAAUUUGUAACCUAAAGAUUAUUAAGAUAAAUUAUAUAUUGUACAUACAUAUAUGUAUAUAAAAUAUAUUUAUUAUACAAGUG